CAAGUUUUAGUUUCCAACAGGAUGGUGACACUUUUCAGUGAUACAUAACCUGGCUGCAUUGUUAUAUUUGAUGUGGGAUAUUUAAAGAAUUCUAAAGCACCAGGGAGCAUUUAUUUUCAUCACUCCGAAAAGAUAUUCAACCUGUUACACUGUGAAUAGAAAACACUGAUAACAGAAUCCUAACGAUGUUUCCUCUCCUAAUCCUCGUUUUACAACCCCUUGCCUCUGCAGUACUUGUAAACUAUCACGUGGCCGUUAAAACGUCUGGCUGCUGGUUCUGUGGAACAGGAAGUGACAUCUACAUCACUUUCAUCGGGCGGGACGGGAAAGAAGUUGCAGCACCGGAACCUCUCGACAACUACUACAAUAAUUUCAAGAGUGGCGGAACUGACUGGUUCAUUGUAAGAAAUUUGCCGCGUAUCUGGUAUCUUAAAUGCAUCAAGCUAACCAUCUCGGGCGAUGACAAAUUUAAAUUUGAAUUUGUAACAGUAAGACAAGACGUGGACGCGGAGGAUACCAAGUUUAUCAACCGAAGGGACACCUGGAUGUCCUCUAACCCGGAGGAAGGAAGCUCAGAGCUGAGGUCAUGUCUGUCGGAGUGUGAUGAGUAUCUGCCAGUCAGGAACAGCAAGUGGGCACUGGAGAAGGUAGAGUACGAUCUCGAGGCAGGUAAACUUAUAGAGUACACUCCUGAGAAAGUAGGAGAACAGCACAUAGACAACAAGCAGGGCAGUGGGGAGCAAUCUACUAGCUUCAUGGUGGAAGAGACAGUAACGGAAACUUCCUACUUCUCUCACUCAGCUUAUGUCUCCAUAACCAUGGGGACACAGUUCUCAGCUGGGGUGCCGUUCGUUUCUGAUGGUCAGAUCUACAUGGACGUGUCGGCUGGGUAUGAUUACGCCUGGGGAGAAGAGAAUUCAGUUGAGAACAAGAUGGCAGCAACCUACAACUGUGUAGCACCAGCUGGGAAAGUGGUCACGUGCCGAGCUCUUCUUUAUAAGACCAGGAUAGAGGUGCCCUACAUCCAGGUCUGGAAGCAGAAGUGGCGGGAUUGCAGGCAGGAGGUGAAGGGAGUGUUUGAGGAAGAGGCGGCUGUGAAACUUCGUCUGGAUAUCACAGAGGAGUGAAAGGGAGUGAUCAGUGUGUGGGAUUGAGGAUUGUUGUCGAAUUGUUACAUUAUUGUAUCUGACAUUUUAGAUUCUGAUGACCAAUUUA